UAUAACUGACAGCAUGAUUUUUCUACAAUUCUGGUGGGCGCUGAUGGUGUUCAGUAGUCCUGGCUCCACCCAGCAGAUCUCUGUCGAGGAGGAGAAGCACCCGGUGGAGGGCAGCGAUAAGUUGCUCAGCUUCAGUCGGGCAGUGGAGCUGGUACGUCCCGAGUUGCAGGAGCUUAAGGCUUCUUACAGCGGCCGCCAGGAGCAGGAUGCUCUCAAGCAGCGGGAUCGGCGGAACUCAAUCGACAAUAUGCUGGCCAGUUAUGCCCAAGGGGAUGUCGGGAAAUCGAAGGAUGAAUCUGAUGAUGAAGAGCGAAUGCUGCAGGAGGCGGCGGACGCUUGGUUCCGUGACAUUCAGGCCAGCAUGGAGAAGAGCAAUCCCUAUAAGAAGCGAUCUGGUGACAAACAGCAGCGAUCCAUAGCCAAGAAUAUUAUCGACCAGCAUGCCAAGGCACUGGAGCGCACCGAGGUGGGAAAGGUUAAGCUGAAGUACAAGCAAUUGGGCGAUGACACCAUCGUUCGCAAGUUCCAGGUGACUAAGUACCCUGAGCUUACGCAUAACACUGGGAUGACCCACCUAGACGUCAAGCUGAAGCAGGUGCAGCAGAUGCUGACCGACCAGGAGAGUCUGGAGGCCAGGCAGAUGGAGAAGAAGAAUGAGGGGCCAAAAAAGGUGGAAGAAUCGAAAUGGGUGGACAAGUUGCCCGAGUUCGGUGAUAACCCCGUUCCGGAUGGCAUCUACGAGAGUACACUCAAUCGCCUGGCCUUUCCCUAUGCUUCGUCGCACAAGCUGGCCCACGAGGCCAACUACAAGCUCUCCAAGAUCGAGCAGGAGGCGUCCGAGAAGGGCCCCAGCAAGCACUCCAAACCUGGCCGGAUCAGCGAAGGUUUUGUGAAGCAGCUCAAGCGGAGCUCGUGCAGUGGCUUCAAUCCCAUGAAUGAGAUCAAACUGAAGACCAGCAGUCGACUGAUGCUCAAGGGCCUAGGUCCAUCGCUUCCAAGUAACGCACUGCUGGACAUCCAUCGCAACCAAAUGGUGGACAGCAUGAUCCGACGGAGGGAGCUGGAGGUACAACAGCAGAAGCACCAGCAGCAGCAGCAACUGGAGUCUAAUGAGGAUAACGACGAUGUGGAUCAGCGAAUGGGAAUUAAUAACUUGAUGGCACAGAGUGAGAACUUGGAGUACCUACAGCCCGUCAAUACCGGCAUGGACGGAAAUCGAAUGAUGGAGAUGCCACAGAGCUACGACUACCGGGUGCACCAGUACGAUCGAUUUCAUCCUCUGAACCAAAGGCAAAUGUCUAAUGUGGGGGACUACGAGAGGAGUAAUCGCAUGCCGCUCGACCUGGAUCGCUUCAAGAGGGAACCGCAUUCGGAGUCCUCUUUUCUGCAAGCCCCUAAUGAAUCACACUUAGACCAUUUAUCUGUAGAGGAACCGGUCCUUAAGUCUGAGGAUGAAAAUAUAUCCGAUCGUGAGAUGGCCAAGAAAAUUGCAGUAUUGGACAUUAAGGAUGACAAAGCCUUACAUUCAACCGGCGAUGGGGAAUCCAAGGAAAAGGACCCACAUGAAGAGGUUAAAUUAGAGGGCCUACAUGAGGAGCUUAAGUUGGAUGAGGAAUCUUUAGUUAAACCCGAAAGUAAACUGAAUUCUGAGGUAUCGUCCAUCGAUGGAAAAUUUGAGGAUAGGUCAGAGAUCGAAGUGGAAAACAAGCCAUUGGGUCCGGUAAAACGUGAAGCGAAGGUAGAGCUAACCAACCCAAUGGGCAGUAAGCUGAAAGAUGAUGGAUCCACUUUGGAGGCUAAAUCAAGUGCAGAGUCGCCUUUAAAAGGAGAUGUACCACUGAAUUUGGCCAGAAAAAACGAACUCAAUGUAAGUACUGGUACAGAUUUGUCCUCCAUCUCCGAAAAGCAAAACAGUUUGAAUAAACGUAAAAGUUCUGAAGCGGAUGAUGGUUCCGAUAAGCAUGACAGUAAUCCCGAUUGUGACACGGAGUGCAAGUCGGAGGAUGCGGAAAAGUCGGAAACGGAUGCCGAGAAGGACGACAGCAUUGUCAAAGUCAACAUCAAGCUAAAGCUUCAGGAACCGGCAGAGGAGAAAUCAGAAUGCGAGGAAAUCAGUAAAGUGGUGUCCAAAGGGGCUGCAGCAUCGCCUCCGAGAGUGAAUCCCGAUGCUGUGGUGAAACUGUUGGCCAAUGAAUUGUCCAUGGACAAGGACCGUGGAAAGCGGCAAGCAAGGCAUCGAAGAUAUCGUAGACAGAACAGAAGAUCCAAGCGAUCGCUGGAGGAUAACGAGCAGGAGCAACACGAAUCAGUUGAUAAGCAACAUGCAGUGUCCAAACGUUUGGUUCCUCUGCUGGAUGACUUCGAAGACCACAAUGGCAAUCGUGCUGGUUUCGGGAAUCUAGGUAAUGGUAUGCUCACACCGGAUGCAGAGUAUGAAAGGUCAUAUCCAAGCCAUGAAAUGCUGGCUCACUUUGAUGAACUGGAAACUGCUCAUGACGGCGAUUCCAUGGUAUCGAUCUACGAUCCCACUAAGGUCGUGGUACCCAUGGUGAAUCAGCGACCCAAUGUGCAGAUUCAAUUUUCACAGCAGCAGCCGCAGCAGCAGAUGCAGCAACAUCAAAUGCAGCAGCAACCACUGCAGCAGCCACAACAGCAGCAACAACAGCAACAGCAGCAACAACAGCAACAAGUGCAACAGCCGCAACAAAACGAUCUAAAUCGUCAGCGUCAUCAAUCAAGUAAUUUCCAGGCCAGUUUUAAUCUAAGCCAUUUGUUCAAUGAGUUGGAAAAGUUGCAAAAUAUGAAGACACCGCAGCCACAACAACAACAGCAGCAAAAGGUGCAACAGCAAUUAAUGCCACAACAGCAACCGAUGCCGCAACAAUUCCAGUUGCCGCAACAGCAAAUGCCGGUGCAACGAAAUAUCCAACAAUUGCCCGAAAAGCCCAUUUCGCCACCUAUUAAAUCCUUUGGAGCACAUCGCUACUUUGGACCCUUCUUCAACAAGCAAAUCAAGCACGAUCCUUACAUGGCGGCGAUAGGAACUGUGACUACUUUGGAUCCCAGAUGUGUUGCCAUUACGGCUACGGGCCCCACUCCAGUUGGAAAUAUAACUAGCGCGUUUACUUUGCCUGCGAAUUGCACAACUACUACGGUGCCCACCAGUCCAGUGUCAUCCACACCAGCCCCAUGUACCAAUCAAUCGAGUCAAACGGAUAUUGCUUGCCGUGCUCCGGAUGCGAUGAAACUCAACGUUUCCAUAAAUGCCAAUUUGUGCGGGGAUCCCAAGACCAAACAGUUCUAUGGCAAUGGCUCCAUAAGUCUGUUGCCCGGUUAUAAGGCGUUGCAUUCUGAAUUGAACCUUGGCUAUCAAAAUGAUCCACAUCAUGGAAAUGCUGCACUAUUGGAGAACGAUCUAGAUGAUCUGAAGGCCAAGGACGAAAGGCGUAUACGCGAUGUGGGCGAAGAGUCCAGAGAUGAGUGGGAGCCAAAAACUGGAAAUGAGAAGCCCAGGAAGCAGGAGGGUCAGAUAAGAAGACCAAGUAUUAAGUGGAACCGAAAGCAUAAGAAUCGCCAAAAAGCUGCGAAGGCAAAGUUAAAAGAGCGUCCUAAUGAUGCCUCCAAAGAAGCCACACAAGGAGGCACAAAAGAUUCAUCAAAUGUGGCUACAAAUGAAGGCCAAAAAUCACCAGGAAAGUGCCACCGACCUCGGAUAGAAAUACCGGAUUCCCGAUCGGAAAGUUACGAUAAGCUAAUCACGGGCAAAAUCUCCGAGGACAUAGUUUCUGCUGUCUUCGAGGCAGUUGAAAAUGAUCCGUUAAUGGACCGCUUACUGGCGGUUCUGGAGAGGAAUCGCAAGUGCGCACAGACGCAGACCAAGAACUUCUACCAAAUCCGCAACGACAAGACCGAGAGUUAUCUACGUCACACGGAGACCAUGUUGCGGGACACAAUGGAGGCGAUUAGCGGCAUAAUUGAUGAGCAGGUGCGAAGAAGAGCAUGCAUUCCUUUGCGCCCGGAUCUCCAGGACUUCUAUGACCUAAUUCUCAAGACAUCCAACGAGCAGCAAAAGUGUCGCGAGAAGCGACAGAGUACACUUCAAAUCCUUGCCGAGGAUUUUAGCCAGGAUGUGCGAUUGCUCGAUCCGACUAAGAUCAGCCAAAAGUCGAGGAUCGUCAAGAAGUUACUGCGGCAGUACGAGGAUCUCCCGAUGGAGGAUCAACAGGCGGCGGUUCGAGUGCGCGAUGAGUUGCUCCUGGAUCUGGUUUAUCUCAAGAAGAUGGCCGAAUCCGCGGAGCGCAAUCAACGUAACGCCCGUUUGCAGGAGGUGCUCAAACAGACCAGCCUGGACGAGGUCCUGGAGAAGAGCCUAACCACCGAGUACUCACCGCGGUUCAUAAAACUGCUAAAGACGGCGGAGCUUUAUAAGGAGGCGGGCGAGCAGCAGGCCAAGGCAUUUGUGGGUCUUUAGUCUUCUUUUAUUAACGUUUUAGAUUUUUGUUUCAAUUCAUUAGUUGUUUUUUCCAAUUAAAAAUUCGCUUUGUUUGAGUUAAGUCAUAUAUUUUUAACA